AUGGCUCUGAGUUCAAGAGCCAAAACCAAUUCACGAGGUUCCAAACUUAUCGCCAGUAAUGGAAACAAGAGAAAAAGAGACGGAACAUCAGAUAUCCAGUCGAAACCGAUAUCCAAGAAAAGGACAGGAUCGGAUUCGGUACUUGCUGUUCCAAGCAAACAAACGGACUGCCAAAAGGCUCUUGAGGAGGCGAAGAUCGUGAAAGAAUUCCGCAUCACGUUCCACCCACGGAAGUUCGACCCACAACGUCCGGGAAACGUUCCUGAGGAACAUCAGACAAAAUUCAGGCACAUUCAGCAGCUGGGCCAGAUCAGUUACGAUUCGUAUGCGCUACAACCUCGACCUGACACUGCCAACAAGCCAUGGGAACUCGAGAAUAAGCUGAGGGCUACACGGGUGAGCGCGAGGGCGAUUCAAGCGAGAAAUGAAUAUCAGAACGAGGAUGGCUGGCGAACGAAGCUUGACAACCUUGUCUUUGAACGCUUUGAGAUCGAAGUUGCGUGGAGUGCCGCAAACGUCGGUGGCAAUCCUUCGUCGAAGUCAAUCCGGAAGAGAGCAACAGCCGAACAAAAAACCUUGCAGAGCGUCAGCAUCGUCGUACAUUUGAGCACAGGGCUGACCGACAUGUUCACUACACGUAUUGGCGAGCGAAGUGUCAUACAAGACGAUCCAGAGAACCACCGUAGAAUAGAAAUGCGGCCUGAUCGAAUCUAUGGAUUGAAUACUACAGAUACCAUUCGAAAUAUUUUGGAGCAACCACAUGUUUCUCACUUGAAAGAAGUGUCUGAGCUCGACGAUGACCUACAAGGCAGAUUGACCGUCAGCUGCAAUCCAGAUAGUGGUGGAGAAGUUUCGAUAUAUCCUUUCUUGGUGAUGGAGGCUAAGAGCCUCAAGAGCGGAACCACUUUUCCGGACAUCGAGACACAAACGGCAGUACCUAUACGAAAUCAUCUGUAUCUGCAACUCAAGCUCCAAGACGACAAAUUCAACAAUAUGCCGACACCAGGAGGUCCAUUGACCUGGUUUCUUGCUUAUGUUGGUGAGACGUGGAGGGUAUACGGGUGUUACGUCACAAAGUCUAGCCCAGGCAAUUCGCCCUGUUAUGAGAUCGUUCGCUUGUGGCAAGGCGAUAUCACUGGCUACGACGAGGCACUUCAACUAGUUCUAAUUAUGGACUAUAUUGUUGAUUGGGCGCGUGAUAUCUUCCGGCCCAGUAUCAUGAGACAACUGAUGUCCGUAGUCGACAAGGGCGAACAGUCAUCUUACACGAUUGUCGAUCAACCUGACAUCCUCUCAAUACACGAUCCUGCGAACUCUCGGUACGGUGGCAGGCCUGUCCCUACCAUUGCCGGAGCUGGGACAUUCGAGGCGCCUGCUGAAUCCGCCUUCGAUGCAGUACACUCCACGAUCAGCUCUUCUUUCGAGCCUCUUUUUGAGAGUACUGGAAAACAUGUCGAUAUCAAGGUCUGGGAAAGCGCCAAGUACGAGUCACGAGUUCGAGGGCUUUUUAUCACCGAACACGACUCCGCUGCCAUGAAACACCUGACGACCUACGGUUAUAAGAGAUUGGAAACCGUUUACAUGAGUCGCUGUUGGUUCCUCUUACCAAACAGCAAAGAUAUAAGGACCAUUGAAGAGGCUUGGACCGGGAGUACACCUGCAGAGAUUAAGGACGUGUCAGAUCCCUCGGAGCAGAAAAUCUUGAUCUCGCUCUAUGUGCAAUUUCGUAACGAUGAGUUCGGCGCCCCUAUACGAGAGCUGACGUACCUUGCUUUCACUGGGUCCGUCGUUAAACAAAUGCGGUACGAGAGAGAUAUAAACGGCAUAUUAGAGCGAGAUGAGCUGGUUGCUUCACCUGAAGUACUCGGACUUAAGCUAAGCGAAGCCUGGACCUCGAGCCACAAUAACUACUUCCAGCGUUACGCCAGCGGAGAGAUUAGCGUACUUCGUGUCACUGCAUCCGACCAUGACAAAAUGUCCGAUAGUGUCAGCCUCAGCUUCCUCAACGACCGUGAUACCACGAACUAUGCAAGAAGACUGGAUUCGUUCAUCAAGAACAUUUGCGAGCAUCCACGAGCGAAUCUCCAUAAAGUAUACGCGCCAUGUUUUCGAUACACCAAGGUCGUUCAUUCGCUCACCGUGAAGCCUCACUGUAUCUUGGACCCUACUCAAGCUUGUGUUUUCAUCAACGCAAAAGCAAUGCCUUCGGGAAUUUGCAUCUAUGCCAAAAAUGGAGCAUCUGAAAAGACCAAUCAUGAAUGGGUCAUCAGGCAUCUUGUGCAAAUAGUAGUCGUCCUUUGGGACAGUCAAUGGCCAGAUACCAAAGGCUCCUUCUAUAUACGAAGGUAUAUGUUUGAAUCACAUUAUAUUGACAGUAAGAUUCUAUUGUGGAUCGUGUCAGAUCCUCAAUGGGACUUGUACACUGCGAUGAAGCCCUCUUUGACGAUGCCUGGUACGGAACGAGUUCAUGAACAUCUGGCGUGGUUCCGUAAAGUGUUGCUCACACACAAGUGUGGAACAGGCACAAUACGAUCCAAUGUCACUGGAUGCGGUGCACACAGGGCAGGGUACAGAAACGUCCAACGUCACAUUCAAGAGGCUUGCAAGAAAUGUGAUUACGAUACAAGUUUCGUGGCCCCUAAAUUUCCCUUCUGCGACGAAGACUUCAUGCCAGGUGGCUUUGAUGGAAAUCUAAAGGAAAGCAGCGUCCAUUAA